UUUCACUUUUAAAGCGUGCUUUUCACACGACUUGAAAUAAAUACGUCUCGAAUUUAGCAGUUUCUGUUGCAGGUGGACAUAAUGGAGGAGAUCUCUUGUGAAACAGCUGAUGAAGAAGAAAUGGAGAUACGAAUCCCCUCGUACCCCCUACCCCAGGAAAUACAGCAAAUGGAUCAUUCAGAGAAGGCCUGUCGUUAUUGCGGCGUGAGUUACUUGAUUUUGCAUGAGUUUCAACGUCUGCAGGAGCAUUUGCGGGAAGUCGAGAGAGAGCUGGAUCAGAUGAGAGGAAGUGCAGAAAGAGAAAGAACCCUGAGAAUAGAGCUCCAGGAAGCCCGUAGUCAUCUGAAGGAGCUGAAAGCAUCUGUGCUUCAACAUGAGCAAAACUCAAGGGCCCUUGACCUGCAGCUGUGCGUGGUCACACGUGAGAUGGAGAGCGUGAGGGUGGAGAAAAAGACAGCACUUUCAGAGCUGGAGAACGAGCGUGCUUGCUGCCUGCACCUCAGGUAAGGAAAUGAGGGAACAAUGGUGAAAGAGAGACAA